AUUUAUUAGAGUUUUAAUAGACAAAAAUUAAAAAUGUGAACAUCUCCUCAGUUCAGUAUGAACAGCCCUCCCUCCGAUCGACAGAUACGAGUUCAUGAAAGAGGAGCUGAACGUCCCUCCCUCCGAUCGACAAACGCAAUAGGAAAUCCGGCGGAUUUUGUUAGCGGCGUCGGGCUUGGUGAAAGAGCUGAGCUGAGCUGUUGGUGAAGGAAGCCAGGCCAGAGAAAUGGAGAAAGUAAGCAUUCACUAAUUAGAAUCAGUUCCCACACCGACGACGGAAGGCUGGGCGACUCCUGACUGGGUCUAUAAAUAAUAAGGUAUGUUUUAGGGCACAUGCUCUUUUGGAUCAGCACCUAGAAGGGUGGAAUGAAAGCUUAAAGGAGCUUGCAUUCAAGAGCCGCAAGUUUAUAUGGGAGGAAAUGUCUUAUUUGGAGAGAUGGUGGAGGGAUGCAUCAGCUGCAAAGAAAGAAUCCUUCAUCAAUUUAGUACAGAAUGGAGAACUAGAAAUCGUAGGACGUGGUUGGGUGAUGAAUGAUGAGGUAAGCCUGUGCUGUUAACGUAAUGACACUUUUGCAAUGGUAUGCAAGUAAUAAUUUUUUCUCUUCAAGUGUUUCAUAUUUUUUCCCAUUGGGAUCUGGGAAUGGUGAACAGAAAGCCAUGUUUUUAACGGAUCACAGUGGCGAUUUGACAUUUUUCUUAGUAAAAUUUACCAUAAUGAAUGAGUUCUAGGCUUCCAGCUUCUUGAAAAAAUGGGUUUAUUUGUCUGGUAACAGUUGAUUAGCUGGUUUUACAUGUAAAACUGUAAUCAUAUUUGGUUCUUGUGCUGGCGCGCGUUCGGAAAGCUAGACUAAAAUAAUAAUCUUUUGGACACGUUAUGUCAAUUUUACUGGGACCCUUGGAUCUUUAGAACUUUAUUUGCAUUUUGCUCUUCAUAUUUGGUUUUCUCGUCAAGGAAUCAUUUUCCUUGCAAUUGUCUUUCAUUCAUCUGUGAAUUUCUCUUGCUUGUGCACCUGCAGCUUAUUUUAUUCUCUUUUUUUUUUACAGGCUAAUUCACACUACUUUGCAAUCAUAGAACAGAUAACAGAGGGUAAUUUAUGGCUUAAUGAAACUUGCGGUGUUGUUCCAAAAAAUUCGUGGGUGAUUGAUCUUUUCGGAUACUCUCCAACAAUGGCAUACCUUUUUCGUCGUAUGGGUUUCGAGAAUAUGCUCAUACAGAGGACACAUUAUGAAUUGAAGAAGGAACUGGCUUUGUAUAGAAAUUUAGAAUUCGUAUGGCGGCAGAGCUGGGAUGCUGAAGAAACAACUGACAUGUUUGCUCAUAUGAUGCCCUUUUAUUCAUAUGAUAUUCCACAUACUUGUGGGCCUGAGCCUGCAAUAUGCUUUCAAUUUGACUUUGCUAGAACCUAUGGCUUUACGUAUGAGCGCUGCCCUUGGGGAGAAUAUCCACAGGAGACCACACCAGAAAAUGUUAAAGAAAGAGCACUAAAGCUGCUGGAUCAAUACAGAAAGAAAUCAACACUAUAUCGCACAAAUACUCUUCUUAUUCCCCUCGGAGAUGAUUUCUGCUAUGUCACUGUUGAUGAGGCUGAAGCUCAGUUCAGGAAUUAUCAGCUUCUGCUUGAUUAUAUCAAUUCUGAUCCGGACUUGAUUGCAGAAGCAAAAUUUGGUACCUUGGAAGAUUAUUUCCGGACUCUUCGUGAAGAGGCUGAUAGGGUAAAUUACUCCCGUCCAAAUGAGAUUGGUUCUAUUGAGAUUGGUGGGUUUCCUUCUCUUUCAGGCGAUUUCUUCACAUAUGCUGACAGACAGCAAGAUUACUGGAGUGGUUAUUAUGUUUCUCGGCCUUUCUUCAAGGCUGUUGAUCGUGUGUUGGAGCAAACCCUCCGCGGUGCUGAUAUGAUGAUGGCUUUCCUAUUAGGUCAUUGUCAGAAACCACAAUGUGAGCGGUUACUUACCGGAUUUUCCUAUAAGUUAGCAGCGGCUAGGAGGAACCUAGCGCUGUUCCAACGUCAUGAUGGGGUUACUGGUACAGCUAAGGACCACGUAGUUAAUGAUUAUGGGGUGAGAAUGCACAUAGCUUUGCAAGAUCUUCAAAUUUUCAUGUCAAAGGCCGUAGAGGUGUUGCUUGGGAUUCGCCAUGAAAAGAAUGAACAGAACCCAUCUCAGUUUGAGGCUGCACAAGUGAGAUCUAAAUACGAUGCUCAGCCAGUGCACAAAGCCAUGUCUGCUCAUGAAGGGACAGUCCAGACUGUGGUGAUAUUUAAUCCACUAGAGCAGACAAGACAUGAAGUUGUGAUGGUAAUUGUUGACAGACCUGAGGUGACAAUCUUGGACUCAAAUUGGACAUGUGUGAGAAGCCAGAUAUCUCCAGAGAUGCAACAACACUACAGCAGCAAGGAGGAUGAAACAUUAUUCUCUGUAGACAUCGUGUAUACUGGAAAGCUUCGGUCCCCCCAUUAGGGUUGCAAACUUAUUAUGUCGCUAAUGGGUUUGCCGGUUGUGAAAAGGCCACACCAGCAGAGGUCAAAUGGUUCGUGCCUUCUUCCAAUAUUUCUUGUCCCAAACCAUAUACUUGCUCAAGAAUGGAGGGUGAAGAAGCAAUAAUCAGUACUCGGCAUCAGACAUUGACAUUUAGCAUGAAGGAUUGUUACAGAGAAUUAGUCAUACCAAUGGUCGCCAUAAUGUUGUUAUUGGGGAGGAAAUAUGUACUCUAGCACUGAGAGUGGAGCUUACCUAUUCAAACCAAACGGCGAUGCUCAGCCCAUUUUUGUAGCCGGUGGGUCGAUGGUUAUCUCGGUGGGUCACUUGGUGCAGGAAGCUUACUCAUUCCCAAAGACACAAUGGGACAAAGCUCCAAUUUCCCAUAGCACUCGCAUAUAUGAUUAUGGUGGUGGUGACAGUUCCUCGAUACAAGGAAAUUCAUCGAAAAGAAGUACCAUGUGGAGCUUCUUGGCAGUGAUUUUAACAACAAAGAACUAAUAGCUAGGUACAGAACUGAUAUUGAUAACCAAAGGGUUUUCUAUUCUGAUUUAAAUGGGUUCCGAAUGAGCCGUAGAGAGACGUAUGAUAAGAUCCCUGUUCAAGGGAACUAUUAUCCGAUGCCAUCUCUUGCUUUUAUACAGGGACCGGAUGGUUGACGCUUCUCUGUCCACACCCGGCAGUCCCUAGGUGUGGCAAGCCUUAGAGAUGGAUGGUUAGAGAUAAUGCUGGACCGGCGAUUGGUGUGGGAUGAUGGGCGUGGUCUUGGACAGGGGGUGAUGGACAAUCGGCCAAUGAAUGUUGUGUUCCACAUCCUUGUAGAGUCUUCUUCUAGCGCUUCAAUAGCUCCUGCAAUUACUAAUCAUCACCCUCUAAGCCCUUCCCUUUUAUCUCAUCUCAUAAAUUCCCACUUAAACUACCCCCUCAACACAUUUAUAUCCAAGAAAGCACAUGAAAUCUCUGUACAGCCUCCCCCAAGAUCCUUCUCUCCAUUGGCAUCCAACCUUCCAUGUGACUUGCACAUCCUAAGUUUCAAGGUGCCUCGCCCUUUAAAUUUUUCCCAGCAGCCUCACUUGAGGAAGUGCCUAAGUUUGUUCUCAUCUUCCAGUGGCGGCAUUGGGACUCCUCGUAUUGUCGGAAGGGUGACAGGUCUGAUUGCGUGUGGCUGAUGUGCCAGUUAACCUAUUUGACAUGUUCAAGGGUCUUUCCGUUUCGAAUGCAAUUCCCACAUCUUUGAAUCUUUUGCAUGAAGACACAGAGAUGCUUGGUUAUAAGGGGCAUUUUGCAGAUGGUGCACGUGAAGGUCAUGUCCUCAUCUCUCCCAUGGAAAUACAGGCUUACAAAUUACACCUACGACCAAAUUAGCCAGAGCAAUCCGGGCAAUCCGGCCAACUGGCCAAGCACCUGGAGGCUAGAGAAGCUAAGCAAUUCGCCCGAUUAGCCGAUUCUUCAUCUCUCUGGCCAUCAGACUUUCUGAGGAGUACUGGAAACCUGGAAUAGCCGAACAGAGGCACAGAGCACCCAUUACAGAUCGAUUUACAGCAACUCACCAUCUACCCAAAAUGAGUUCCAAAAUCAAAAUUAAGGGGAAAUACUCGAUAGUCUAUUUUGCUUGUGGAGUUCUUGGCUCGCUGAUUUGCUCUGUUGCUUCAAUUUGGGCGUCUAAGUGAGCUUAGCAGUUGGCAGGCUAUUGAUGAACGUGACAAGAUCAACGGUUAUAUGUUGUGGUAAAGACAUACUUAAAUACGGAUUCAACAUAUUCUUCUGACUCAGAUAGUGCACUCCAUCCAGAGACCUAUUUUUUUCACAAUUUCUCAAUACCAUUAAAUGCUUUGGUGUGCCAAGCCAUGAGUUGAAGUUGAAAGUGGGUGCAUAUGUUAUGUUAAUGAGAAAUAUUGAUCGUUCUUCCGGAUUGUGUAAUGACACUCGCCUUAUGAUCACUAAAUUUGGAACACAUACUCUUGAGGUCACAUGAUGUCAGAAACAACUGCAGGAAAAAAGUUACAUUUUCUGAAACUUAGCUUGACUCCAUCUGACAUAAAGCUGUUAUUCACAUGUCAGUGUAGACAGUUCCUUUUGCUGCUUAGUUAUGCGAUGAUCAUCAACCUUAGUUGGCAUUUCUCAUCCGGUCAUCCCAUCCCUAGGUAAAUUGUUCAUAGGAAAAUUAUAGAUUUGUUCUUAAGUAAAUUUCAGAGGUUACAACUUUAUUUACCAGACUUCAAUUACAAAAUGCAAUUGCUUACCAUC